AUGGGAGAACAUCGGGAAUUCGGACCAGAGAUUGUUGAGGAGACCACGGAGGUGAUCCGGAGAAUUCGCUUCAACCUGAAGACGGCGCAGGACAGGCAGAAGUCCUAUGCCGAUUGGAGGAGACGUGACUUCUCAUUGGAAGUAGGAGACCUAGCCUUUCUCCGAGUCCAGGCCGUGCGAGGACACGUGAGGUUCGGACAAAGCGGGAAGCUGAAGCCGCGAUAUAUCAGACCAUACCCAGUGAUAGCCAAGGUUGGGGAUGUGGCAUAUCGUCUCACGUUACCACCUGAGUUGGGUAACGUCCAUGAUGUGUUCCACGUGUCGAUGUUGCGAAAGUACGUGGCGGAUCCUUCUCACAUACUUCGACCACAAGAAUUGGAGUUUACAGAUGCUACGCAUUUCAGAGAUGAGCCAUUGCGGAUUUUGGAUCGGAAGGCGGACGAAGGAGGUGCCGUUGGUAAAGGUCUUAAGGCGCAACCAAGGAAUCUCAUAUAUGACGUGGGAACCCGAGGCAGAAAUGCGCGUGAUGCCUACCCCCAUUUAUUUGUUUGA